AUGCCCUUACUAGACAACUUUCAAAUUGUCGAUAAGGAUUAUAAAGAGUUUAUUGAUUUGAAAAUACCAGAUUCUGAUUUAUCAACCAUCAAAGAAGUGGGCAAUCAUAAAAUCAUAAUAGAUGAUUUAGCUCAAACCAUUUAUGAAACAUACCCAAAACCUGAAGGUACCGAUUUCAAAAUAAAUAAAGAAUCUGAUUUCCAUACUGAAAGUGAUAUUUUCUUCAAGGAAUAUAGACCUUUAUCCACUAUAUAUGCCUGGCUAGACAUUUUGAAGGAGACAUAUCCAGAUCUUGUUGAAAUUGAAUGGUUGGGACAAAGUUAUGAAGGUCGUGAUUUGAAAGCGCUUCAUCUAAGUUCACAAACUGGAUUGAACCCAACAAAGAAAACAAUUGUUAUGACUGCAGGUGUUCAUGCAAGAGAAUGGAUUAGUGUUUCAACUGUUCUUUUCACCAUCUAUCAACUUUUAAGCAAAUAUGGAUCUUCAAAAAAAGAGACAAAUUUUUUAAAUCAAUUGGAUUUUUUAAUUAUCCCAGUUUUCAAUCCAGAUGGUUAUGAAUAUACCUGGACAACUGAUCGUUUAUGGAGAAAGAAUCGUCAAGAAACUUACAUUCCAAGAUGUUUCGGUAUCGAUAUCGAUCAUUCAUUUGGUUAUCAUUGGACAAGAUCAGAAGAUUUCCCAUGUGGUGAAUCUUAUAGUGGAGAAGCACAGUUUGAAGCUAUGGAAGCUGAAAAUUUGGAUCAUUAUGUGAAUAUCACAAAACCAGAUCAUAUUAUUUAUGGAUUCUUGGACUUCCAUUCAUAUACUCAGAAAAUCCUUUAUCCGUAUGCUUAUUCUUGUGAUGAAUAUCCAAGAGAUAUUGAAAAUUUAUUAGAAUUAGCUUAUGGUCUAGCAAAAUCUAUUAGAUUGAAAAGUGGAAAACAUUAUGAAGUCUUACCAGCUUGUAAAGACCGUGGUGUUGAUCUAUUACCUGGCCUUGGUGCUGGUUCAUCAUUAGACUACAUGUAUCAUAACAGAGCACAUUGGGCAUUCCAAUUAAAACUAAGAGAUACUGGUUCACAUGGAUUUUUACUACCUUCAAAAUUCAUCAUCCCUGUCGGUAAAGAAAUUUAUAGUGCUGUCAAGUACUUUUGUCAAUUUAUUUUGAACCCAGACCUAUAA